AUAUCUUUUAUACUUGUGUUCUUGGCUUGUUCUAUAUUUUCUCAAUUUCUAUUUUUCCCUUAGCAAUUCAUGUUGAGAUAAAAACACAUACAAAACAUGGUAUUUUAUAUUAUCUUUUUGGGAUGUCCGUACCCACUUCCUUAUAUCUCAUGGGAUAGUUGUGUAUAUAUAUAUAAUUGGUUCCUCUCCAAAUCCCCAAAUCAACUUCCUUUCACGAAGGUGAUACUCAGUCCAAGCAAAGAAAAGAAAAAGAGUAGAAAGAAACGUCAAACCAUGGGUUCAACUGUGAUAACUAUUCCAAAUGAAGAUGAUCAGAUCAGUCUUGGCCAAAAGAAGAAACCUCAGUUUGCUUUUGUUUCUUUUGUUUCUUCUCUUAUAGCAAAGCAAAGCAAGCAUGACAUGAGAAGAGUCAUUCACAGUAUCAAAGUUGGAAUUGCCUUAGUCUUGGUUUCUCUUCUCUACCUCCUUGAUCCACUCUACAACCAAUUUGGGGAUGACAUGAAUGCCAUGUGGGCUAUCAUGACUGUUGUGGUCAUCUUUGAGUUCUCUGCAGGUGCUACACUUGGCAAGGGUUUGAAUCGAGGGAUUGGAACAGUAUUAGGCGGCGGUCUGGGAUGUUUGACAGCAAUUUUGGGUGAUGUAGUUGGUGGGACUGGCAAUGCCACUGUCGUGGGCAUUUCUGUUUUUGUUUUUGGUGCGGCUGCAACGUACACUCGAAUGGUUCCAAGCAUCAAGAGGAGAUAUGACUAUGGAGCUAUGAUUUUCAUCCUUACCUUCAAUCUGGUAGCGGUGUCUGGUUUGCGCGCGGACAAGGUCAUUGAACUGGCCCAGCAACGUCUCUCAACCAUCGGCAUGGGCUUCACUGUCUGCAUCUUCACAAGCUUACUUAUUUGUCCCAUGUGGGCUAGUGAUGAACUUCAUAACUCUACAGCCUCCAAGUUCCAAAAGCUUGCUUCCUGUAUUCAAGGAAGCUUGGAGGAGUACUUCGGAGUAGUCAAUGAGAAGGAAAAACAGCCCGGUGCCAAUUUUGCCGAUUGCAAAUCAGUGAUACACUCCAAGUCGAGCGAUGAGUCUCUGGCAAAUUUUGCAAGAUGGGAACCAUGGCAUGGAAAAUUUGGGUUCUCAUAUCCCUGGGAUAAAUACCUACAAAUCGGAGAUGUUCUUCGAGACCUUGCUGCUACCAUUAUUUCACUUAAAGGGUGUCUUCAAUCUCCUAGACAGCCUUCAUCAAAUCCGCGACAGUCGAUCAAGGAACCGUGUGAAGCAGUUGGCUCGUUGCUCGCGUGGAUUCUUGGAGAGCUCGGAGAGAGCAUUAUAAAAAUGGAAAAAUGCCGGCCUAAAUCCUUAAUGGCAUCAAAAUUGCAGUCGAUGAGAGCAGAGCUUAGCCUACUCGCUUCUCCUUCCAAGCUAGGAGCACCGGAGAAUGGUGAAGGACUUGCUAUGGCUAGUUUUGUGUUCUUGUUGAUGGAGAUAGUAGAAAAAAUGGAAGUAUUGGCAAAAGAGGUCGAAGAACUCGGUGAACUUGCUGAUUUUCAAACUAGAUAGAUGGCAGUUUUGAUUGAGAUGUGAGCAUUUGAUGCCGUAUACAUCCAUCAGAGCCAAUUUUUUGGCCCUUCUAAAAAAGAUUUAAAAAAUUUAUUAUUGAGGGGGAGGAGAUCAUAUGGCCCCAAAGCGGGGGUGGUUACUAUGCUACUGUAUGAUGAUAACAAAAUAUGGGAUUAUAUGUAUGUUUACUGAUUUAUAUAAAUUAAACUGAGGGAUGCUAGUUUUCA